GAUUGGAACGGUCACACUUAAAGGUCGAGCAUUUUAUUAGGAGUACAACAGGUUCGCAGUUUCUUUUUGGAGAGGAGAGCAGGAGUCAAGAUGAGCAAGGAAAUCUAUUUGGCCACCGUGAAGCAGCACAACAAGGCCCAGGACCUGUGGAUAGUCAUCGACAACAAGGUGUACGAUGUGACACAGUUCCGGCUCGAGCAUCCCGGUGGCGAGGACACCCUGGUGGAUGCGGCCGGUCGCGAUGCCACCAAGGACUUCAACGAUGUGGGUCACAGCUCGGAGGCGAGGGAAAUGCUCAAGAAGUACUACAUUGGCGACCUGGCCGCUGCCGAUAUCCAGAAGAAAAGUCCAAUUAGCUGCCGUCAUAUUGCAUUGGCCCUGGGCGCCGCCUUCAUUGGGAUCACUCUGGUCUAUGUGAUUCGACGCGGAGUGGCCAGGAAUUAAUCUGCGGCCAGGGGACCUGAAAACCAGCUUCAUUCCGUGAUUCCAGAGAUAUUUUUCCAACACAGAAAUCAUUUUCCAAACAUUUGAUACGAAAUAAACUGUACAAAUUGCUAAAAUAAA